CGACAACGAUGAUGAUGAUGUUGUUUGUUUGUUGUAGCUAGAGUCUAGAGAGCGCAGAGUGUGAGCUCUUCAGUCUGUUGUUUGCUGUUCAACGAGAGUGUUUGCAAUAUUUUUUAAACGCGGCAAAAAAAUUAACCAAAAAAAAAAAGAAAACAAACUAAAAUUACAACUACAACAAUAAAUAAGCUAUAUAACAAAACAGUGUUGUUGACAAAAUACAUUAAAUAGUGUUUUUUUUUGUUUACAAAAAUAUUGAUUUUUUUGUUGUUGUUGUUCAUUGUGCAAUCAAAAAUAAAAAAAAAUAUUAGAUAAACAUUAGCAAUUUGUUGCUGCUGCUGCUAACUAAAAACUUAACAUGUCCGAUACCACAAAACCCGAUCAUUAUAAUAUCAAUGCGAAAAUCUGCCGUUUGGUGGAGCAAUAUCCCUGCAUGUAUGAUCGUUCGCAUCCCCACUAUUUGAAAAAAGAUGUUGUUGACCAGGCCUGGAUAAAAAUCUCCAAAGAAAUGAAUGAUUCAAUAUCAUCCUGCAAAGAACGCUGGCGCAACAUACGCACCUCCUAUGCACGCUCCAUAAACGUCAAUAAAAUACCAGCCAGCGCCAAUCGUACCAAACCCUAUUAUCUCCAUGAAGAGCUACAGUUUCUGGCUGCACAUAUAACACCCGGCAUACCAGUGUCCCGCCGAUCAGCCUCCAAUUCCUACAAUGGCACAAAUUCAUUCUACACUUCGCCGCACAGCGAAAAGGGUGACAUACCCAAAGUCUCGCUGUGUGAUGAGUCCAUUGAUAGUUAUGCCGCUGUAAUGCAUGAGGAAAUGGAGGAUAAAUCUCAGUACAAUCAAGAGGAGCGCAGUAGCAGUGUGGCCAGUGAGGCAACCUCUAAGAAUACCCAAGAAAUGGAACAAGAUUUACAGCAAUUAGAGACAGCUGUUGUGCAGCAAUCAACACCCACAAUGCAACAGCAGCCAUCACCACAAAUGCUGGGCCAGGAAGAAGCGGAACCAGAAGAACCUGAAUUCCAUCCACCGGUAGUGCAAAUCGAAGAGGAUAAUGUGGAAAUACCAGUGCAAAAUAUUCGAAGAGAUUCCAUCAAUUAUGCCUGUGCGCCGCCCAAAAAGAGAUUAAGGGUCAAGGAUAAUUGUUAUGCCUCGGAUAAUUUCAUAGAUGCUAAGCCUGAUAUAUUACCCCAGCACGAUUAUGAUGGCAUUUUCCUGCAAGGCUUAUUACCCGAAAUGAAGGCCAUGGAUUUCCGGCAAAAAAUCAUUUUCAAAAGACGUAUUUAUGAGGUUUUAGGCGAAAUAUUUGAUAAUUCCUCACAAGCCUCCUCAACCACCUCCAAUCAAAUACCUCACACUAAUAAUGCCUCCUCUUCAUGCAGUUCUGUACAAGCAGUAAAUCCCUCGGAUUUGAAUAUGUUGCGACGACUAAAUAAUCUCUUGCAAGAACCCACUAACAGCCUCAAUACUACCUCAACUCCAGCUAGAUCGGCCAGUAUUUCCUCUACCGUACUCUCCUCACCUGCCUCACCACACUCGGCAACCAUGCCCACAGCGAAAAUAGGCGCCACCACAAGAUCCUCAGCCAGCAUAACACGCGGCCGCCUAAGCAAUGCCAAUGUGGUGAUACCCUCCCAGAAUGUCAAAGAGGAGCCGGAGGGCAAUUGACAAUUUUGAAAUAUGUUUUUUUGUAUUUGAAUAAUGUUUUAUUGUCCCGCCUGUAAUAGUAUGAAUUUGUGUAAAUAUGUAAAUUAAGUUUAGUUUGGUUAUAAUGAAUUUUGAAAAAAAAAAAAAAUAAGAAAAGUAAAAUGCAGAAUUAAAGUCAUUAGUUUUAAAUUAAUUUGUAAUUUUUAACAAAACUAAAUAGUACAAUCAAUGAAAUAAAUUUAAUACUAACUAAGUAAGGAAUAUAUAA